AUGACCGAAAUAUCGAUCCAAAGAAGAUUUUUGGCGGGAAGAGAUGAGUCGCAGCGUGGACUGGUUGUCGAGACAACCCUGUUGAAGGGGACGUGCAUGUUUUGGGUCGGACCAUGCGGGAGUGAAGAAGAGAUGGAAAGUGCUGUGGAACAAGGUCGCUUGGCAAGAGACUGGGCUUGCGCGAUGCCACCGCUGGCGAAUGGAGAAGCAAGUGGUACAUCGUUGUUUAGAAAUGCAGCGAACGAUGCCGCGUUAUCGAUGGCCAUGAGACUUGCGAGGCGUCUACAGAAACAGGUCUUUGUAGGUGAACCGAGUGUGAUUGUGUGUGACCUUGGCCUGUGUUUCGCUCGAUUGCUCGUCGAUAUGGAGGACGACUUUGAUUUACCUCGGUGGACAACACAAGCUGACCCACUGCCUUCAUCGGCGGCAGCAGCUCAGUCAGCCUACUACCCACACAACGGAGUAACUCGGUCGCAAAGCAUGUCUACUGGUCGGAGACGACAUCACAACCAAGACGAGCUUGACCCGUUUUACUACGACCAAUACAACAACUACAAUCCACCCCGGUCUCCUCUCAGAACUGGACAGGACCAAUACCAAUAUCCAUAUGCACACUCACGCCAGUAUUCGAAGCACGAGUCGCCAUACCCCUCCCCGAAUCCAUACAUGGACCGCUCAGCCCCAUCGACGCCACUUUCCUACCUUCAUCCAGCACAAACACCGUCUUCAUUUUAUUCGCCAGACUCACAAAUGGCAGUCGAUUCUCCUCCCCAGAAACGACGAGCGUCUGGUUUCCGCAGAGUCCGCACAGCCCAUGACCUCCAACCCAGACUCGACCUCCCAGUGGGCGGCAGACGGAUGGGAGCAGACGGUGUCUAUUUGUCUCCCUUGCGCCAACUGACGACCAACCUUCUCGAUACUUUUCAUAUUUGCAACCCACAAUUCCGCUACGAGGCCACCCACAAUCCCAGGCGUGUCCUUACCAAGCCAAGUAAACCUGCACACAACGAGGGGUACGACAACGAGGAUUAUGACUAUAUACUUUAUGUCAACGACUGGCUCGGGGCAGAGGACGGUCAUAAAUACCUUAUUCUCGAUAUUCUGGGUCAGGGCACUUUUGGUCAGGUUGUCAAGUGCCAGAAUAUGAAAACGCACGAGAUCGUUGCGGUCAAAGUCGUGAAGAACAAGCCUGCCUACUUCAACCAGAGUAUGAUGGAAGUGACCAUCCUGGAAAUGCUGAACAAAAGCUCGGAUCCCAACGACGAACACCACAUUCUUCGACUACGCGACUCUUUCAUUCAUCGGUCCCAUCUAUGUCUGGUCUUCGAGUUGCUCAGCUCGAACUUGUACGAGUUAAUCAAGCAGAACCAAUUCCAGGGUUUGUCAACGCAACUUGUCAAAGUGUUUAUGGCCCAACUUCUCGAUGCCAUGACUAUCUUGAAAGACGCCCGACUAAUACAUUGCGACCUGAAGCCAGAAAAUAUUCUGCUCAAAUCUCUUCAAUCACCACAAAUCAAAGUCAUCGACUUUGGGUCCGCCUGCCACGAGCGACAGACGGUCUAUACCUAUAUUCAAUCACGGUUUUACCGAAGCCCAGAGGUUUUGUUAGGUAUGACCUAUACCGCGGCCAUCGACAUGUGGAGUUUGGGCUGCAUUGCCGUCGAGCUUUUCCUCGGUCUGCCCUUAUUCCCGGGAACCAGCGAGUACAACCAGCUUACUCGGAUUGUUGAGAUGCUUGGUCUACCGCCCCAAAGCAUGCUUAAUACCGGCAAGCAAACUGCUCAGUUUUUCGACUCCUACGAAGUGUACAAUCCACACACGAACCAAAACGAGAAGAAGCACAGAUUAAAGAGUAUCGAGCAAUACUCGCGAGAGCACAACACUAAUGAGCAACCUGGGAAACAGUAUUUCAAGGCGACGUCGUUACCUGAAAUCAUCAACACAGCGCCAAUGCCUCAGAGCAAGACUGCACGACAAGGGCACGAAGUUGAAAAAGAACUCAACAAUCGUUCCUCAUUCAUCGACUUUUGUCAAGGACUACUCGAUAUGAAUCCUGUCACAAGGUGGACGCCACAACAAGCACGGUUGCACCCGUUCAUCACAGGCGAGAAAUUUACCAAACCAUUCGUGCCGGACAGCAUCAACGCCAAUGCCCCGCCCCAAGCAACACCCCCUGUGGAUCCUAAGCGGCCAUAUGGUGGACUUGUGCCUUCCCAACCCAAAGGGACCCGGGCUUACACUGACGCUGCGAGCUACAAUCACCAUUUGGGUCAGCAUCAGGCUUAUACCGCCUCGCAAGCACAACAGUCGCAAGCUGCUGGGGCAUUCAGGAAUCCAUAUAUCCAGCCCCCACAACAGCAGCAGCAGCAGCCACAGCAGCAGCAACCACCACCGCCACAGCAACAACAACAGUCUUCGACACCGAAUGCGUAUCCAACACCACCAGAGAAUGCUUACGCGCCGCAACAACAGGCAGCCUACGCACCUCCCAUCAGCCAUCGCACUCUUUCGCACCAGAGCUCAGCUGGCCAGUUGAACACUAAUUAUACUCCUCCAUCUAGUGGGGCAGCAUCGGCUUCUUUAAGCCAGUCCACGUCUUCCACGCAUCUUGUUCCUUCAUCGUCCUACUACCCUAAUGCUAAUGCACGGAAUCGGGCAAAUACCAUCAACCAGAUGGACCCGGUCCCGCCGGCACUUGCUCGUCUACAACAAAUGAACCAAGACGUGAUUCAAGGCAGAAAUGCGUUGACACCCGUGCUCAACCGUGACGAUGCGAUGCGUGAAUGGGAGAGAAGGCAAUCCGGGAAGAGCGCUGCUGCUGUCCCGUAUCCACAGCUCGAGUAUCUACAACAACAAGCUGAGCUUGCCGCUGGGACUGGAGUGACCAAUUGGGCGAGGUAUCAACCACCACCAUCGAAACUGGCGCACAGCUACCAUCCACCCGCCAAUCUUCUCAAUGAUGAGAGGGAUGAGGCGAGUAUUCGAAGAGAUGUUGUCAUGUCCAAUGUGCGGUCGGCUGCUGCUGCUGGAAGAAACGACACAAGCGCAUACUCCAACUCGAAUGUUAUCCCAAGUCCUGCCCAAGCAUAUAGCAGCAACUCAUCAACCUCAGCAAGCCGUUAUGCUACCAGCUACUCUCAGGGUCCUCCGUCUCAAACACAACAACAACAGGUUUUCGAAGGCGCAAGGCCCGAAAUUCCGAGUUUGUUUGUGCCAAUGCAGCCGGAUCCUUAUGCGUCUUAUUCGAGUGGUCCUCCAAGUGCGGGUGGCGCGAGGCAUGUAGCUCCUCCUCCGCCAUCUUUCUACGGGCCAGGUGGACGAAAUCCAUUCUCUGGCAAUCCCGAUCAACCACCUCUCAGUGCGGGUCCGAAGAGCGCUCAGGAACCGCGGAGGGGAAGCAAUGGCAUGGACGCUUGGCCGCGAUAA